AUGGAUUGGUUGCAAUUUACAUGGAGGUCUUGCAAUUGGAAUUGUCUACUAAAUUGGUAUGCUUAUAAUCUAAAGGGCAAGGGGUUCAUGAAGAAGGUUAAGAGAAUGGCUCUAGCUGCAACAGUUUAUUUUGUGUGGCAAGAAAGGAAUUUGAGAUUAUUCCAAGGAAAAAAUCGUAGCCCUGACAUUCUCUUUCGAGCAAUUAAGCUUGCCUUACUUUCAAAAGUUUUGAAUGAGGAAAUCCCGCUGCAAUUCAAAGAGAAAAUUGGGAGGAUAAUUGCUAGUAUUGUGGGUAUUCCUUUAUAUAUUGAUCAAGCAACUGCAUCUGGGGAGAGACUUGCAUAUGCCAGAUGUUUUGUGGAAAUUUCAUCUAAAGCUAAUCUUCCCAAUUCUGUAAGAAUGGAUUUAGGCAAUGGAGAAUGGUUAGAAACUAAUGUGGAGUAUGAAUGGGUUCCCCCUAAAUGUAGUAAAUGUUUAGUUUUUGGCCAUGUUGACUAUCAAUGUCCAGUAGUUCUAGUUGAGAAAUGGGUUCCUAAAGCUACAACUGAUGAAAUAAUUAAGGCAAAAGAAGUUGAGUUACCUGUGACAGAUUCUACCAUUUCAAAUAAAGUUUCUCAUCAACAUGGCGUAUCAGACAUUGGUGCAAGCUUCGAACAUACAAUAGUUGUUUCAGAUUCUGAUUUUCCUCAAGAGGAUGCUACCAACUCAUAUGGCUAUGAUAAAGAAAUAACAGCUCCUGAUUCUAUUAUAUCUGAAAGAAAUGAUAAUUUGUUAUAUGGGAAAGUUGUUGUAAAUGAGGUUAUAUCAAACAUAGAUGAUAAUGGGCCUGGGAAAAGGAUUUAUGAUGAUGUUGUUAUCAAUAAUGAUUAUAAUGAAUCUGAGGAACCUUCAGAUCAAGCUGUGGUUGAGCAGAGUUCUGUGAUGCAAGACAAUCAGGAAUCUAUUCAUAAUAUUGAGCAAAUUGACAAUUUCACAUCAAUUACAAAGGAAACCUUUGAUUCAGAUACUUCAGAAACAAUGUCAAAGAAGAAUGGCCAUGCAGACAAUACAGGCUUCCAUAAAUCUGGAAAUGAUUCUCAUCUACCUAGUAAACCAGACUGUUUUUUUGGGUAUAGGCUCUAUUUCACUCGUGUAAAAUUGGGAAACCCCGCAAAAGAAUUCCAUGUUCAGAUUGACACAGGCAGUGACAUCUUGUGGGUAGCUUGUAAUGGCUGCACUGGAUGCCCGACAAAAAGCGGACUCAAUAUUCAACUGGAGUCCUUCAACCCGAAAAGUUCGUCGACUGCUUCAUUGCUCAGUUGCUCGGAUCAGAUGUGUAAUAAUGCAAUUCAAAAUGGAGAGGCCACAUGCUCCUCUUCAAAUUCGAGUAGUCAGUGUUCAUAUUCUUUUCAGUAUGGAGAUGGCAGUGCUACAUCAGGAUAUUAUGUAUCUGAUACGCUCUAUUUCGAUACUGUUGCUGAGAAUAACAAGCGUGCAAAUUCUUCGGCUAAAGUCAUUUUUGGAUGUAGUACCUCAGAGUCUGGGGAUCUAACAAAAUCAGAUGCAGCACUUGAUGGCAUUUUUGGUUUCGGAAAGCAACAAUUAUCUGUAAUUUCACAGCUCUCUUCUGCUGGGAUUUCUCCGAGAGUGUUCUCUCAUUGCUUGAAAGGUUCAGAUAAUGGUGGAGGGAUUUUGGUCCUUGGUCAAAUAGUUGAACCGGGUAUUGUUUAUACCCCACUUGUUCAAUCCCAACCUCAUUACAACUUGAAUCUAGAGAGUAUCAAUGUCAAUGGGCGACAACUAAAUAUUGAUUCCUCAGUGUUUUCGACAUCAGCAACACAAGGAACAAUUAUUGAUUCUGGAACUACACUGGCUUACCUAGCAGAAAAAGCAUAUGAUACUUUUGUUAAUGCAAUAGUUUCUUCAAUUCAGUCAUCGCUAGUGCAGUCCAUUAAUAGUACAGGAAACCAGUGUUUUGCUACAGCUAGCAGUGUUGAUGACGUAUUUCCUCCUGUUACUAUGAAUUUUGCUGGGAAUGCAGCAAUGAACUUGAAGCCUAGAGAUUAUCUUCUACAAGGGGGUUAUGCUGGUAAUGCUAUUAUAUGGUGUAUUGGCUGGCAAAAGAACCACGGUGGAACGACAAUCCUAGGAGACAUUGUCCUUAAAGACAAGAUUUUUGUUUACGAUUUGGCUAAUCAGCGCAUAGGUUGGAGAAGUUAUGACUGCUCUUUACCCGUAAAUGUUUCUUCAUCAUCUGGUAAGAAUAAUGAGUACACCAAUACUAGGCAAGUCGGUGUCAGCAGCUCAUCACGCCAUGUGAACUACGCGCUAUUGCCAUUGAGCAUCGCGGCUUUCCUCGUACAUGAUUUUCUAUUUCACAUCAACCGAUUAUAGCUCACCUGAAGUACGCAUAAUAAUAACGUAGAUACGCAUGUAUAUGUAUAAUGAAUUGUUGUAAUCCAUUCUUU